GUUCUGGCGGAUCGCGGAGAACUUCAGGAGCCUCGCAAACCACAGCUGGCAGCCUGGCUCGCACGGCAUGCUGUGGGCGACCUCGCAGGCCUCCCCGCUGCGGCGGGUGAAGGUCGAGAACGACCUGAUCCUGUACGAGGAGAUGGCUAUUCCAGCGGAGGGUACCUGGGCAAUUGCGAGGUCAACGGCCGCGUGAUGUACGGGACCCAGCAGCAGUAUUUCACCCGCAACGCCAAGAUCGGCUCUAGCACCGGUGGCGUUUGGAAUAUGGUCUUCGCUGGCACCGAGGGUGCUCCCGAGUCCGCCUGCGGAGGCAUCGAGAGUCAUAGUGUUCCCUUCGUCACCGUCGACGAGGUCCCAAGGAUAGCGGAGAAGCCGUUUAUCAGCAUUGGGCAGGACAAGGAUUUUUAUCUGGACGCGGAUCUUAACGUCCCGAGCGUGGAUGUUGGAAGACGGGGUACCGAUUUUCUUUCGCGCGACCGCAUCAACUUCAACUACGUAUUCGUUGCCGAUGCUUCCAAAGACGACGACACGAGCAUCAACAGGGCCCUGACGCAGGGCUUGCAUGUCGUGCUUUCUCCUGGUAUCUACUACCUGAAGAAGUCGAUUAAGCUGGUGGCUGAUAGGCAGAUCCUGCUCGGCCUGGGGCUCGCCACUCUCGUGCCCACUGGCGGGGAGCCCGCCAUCGAGGUGAGCGACGUGGACGGCGCCAGGGUUGCAGGCGUGCUCCUGCAGGCUGGCCCCGUCCUCUCCGACGUUCUGCUGGACUGGGGGCGCGAAGCCCGGCCGGGCAAGGC